AUGCAUUCCUCAUUAAUUGGUACAGAUCAGCUGCAGUACUCGCUGGAUCCUGCCGAGUUACAGUCGUUUGCUGCACAAGUCGCUAACGGAAUGGCCCACUUGGAGUCGCUCAAUAUAACGCAUCGAGAUCUGGCUGCACGGAACAUUUUAGUUGGAGAAAAUAAACAGCUAAAAAUUAGCGAUUUCGGCAUGUCACGACCUGGUAUUUACGUGAAGAUGAGCAAAGGUGUAAUACCACUGAGAUGGCUGAGUCCAGAAGCAAUUCGCGACAAUCUCUAUUCCACGAAAAGCGACGUAUGGGUAAGCGGUUAA